UGACCUACUAAACAAGUUGUAUUUUAUUGCAUUCUCUGUCCAGGCGGGGGCAGACACAGUAUAUCAAUAUCACAUUACUACUCACGGAUGUGGUGCGAAUGAGGAAUCAAAAAUUUCCCUCCAUCAAACUGAGCCUGAAUCUUUGGUUUCAAACCCAUUUUAAAGAAAAUUUCAUAUCCAUAACCGAGGAUAAGAGGCAAUGGAUGGACCAGUAGAUGGCACCAACAUCAUUCUGAGAUUCAAGCCAAAACUAAUGGAUGCUCUGAAGGAAGAUCCAGACUUAUUGAUACUGCAUUGCCAUUCUCUUGGCAUAUUGUCCAAUAAUGAGUACAACAACAUCAAAGACCUUAACAUACGAUCAAGGCAGGUACGGGAUAUCCUGGAUUAUGUGAUUUGCGACAACAAACGUGCCCUGAGUUUUCUGAGGUUGCUGAGAAGACAAGACAUGCAAGAGACUUUUCCUGAUCUAAAAUUUCUUCAAACGGUGCAAAUCAAGAAACGAAAGACACAAAAAACCACAGAGACGACAGCAAAGAGGAAGCUGGAGAUGCUGGAAAACGAGCAGUCAUGCAUAACCAACUCCAGGAUGGUGACAGAGAGAGAGAUGAUGAAGGUGGCCCGCUAUAUUGGGAAGAACUGGAGGGAGGUGGGCAUUAUGGCACUGGAUAUGAGCACCACCACUCUUCAGCAGAUAGAGGAAGAUAACAAGCUGCACAUCGAGCGGGUUUUCGCCAUGCUGCGACGAUGGAGCAUCCGCGAGAGGGACAGGGCCACAGCAGCCCACCUCUAUUCCCUUUUAACCCAGGAGGAGAACUGCAUAGACCCUCGUAAUAUCAGUAUCUUGCUGGAAAACAGUUGAGCCCCCUGAGAACAUUAAUUCAAGGAAUAUUCCGGGUUCAAGUUAAGCACAAUCAACAGCAUUUGUGGCAUAAUGUUGAUUAUUACAAAAAAUUAUUUUGACUCGUCCCUUGUUUUCUUUAAAAAACAAAUAAAAAAUCAAGGUUACAGUGAGGCAUUUACAAUGGAAUGGAAUGGGGCCAAUUUUGGGAGGGUUUAACCUUGUAAGCUGAGCCGCUGGCAGGCCUGCAGAGAAAAAAAUAAUGAUAAAAAUAUAAAUAACUACAGUAUUGACCAACACAAUAGGUAUCGUUUUAAAACUUAGAAGCUGUACUUUACAAUGCAUGUAGGCAUUAUGACCAAAACUGAUCAAGUGCUUUGAAAUUUGCAGAAAAAUCAGAAGUGUUCCAAUUUAAUAAUUGAAUAAUUUUGCACUGUAUGUAGUAUUGUAAUCAGUAAAAACAUCAAACUGAUCAAAUAGCCAUGUGCAAUUAUUAUGUUUUCUUUAUUUGGAGAGGCUUUUGGAAUUGGAAUCGGCUUUUGGAAGUGAAGUUUUUUUUUUUUUUUUUAUCAGUUUCUUAGGCUGAGAGUCUCAUAAUUUAUCAUAAUCUAUAUAAUUAAAAAGUUUGAAACGUUUUCUUUAAAAUGAUACCAAAAAAAUUGACCCUCUUUGUUUUUUGUUUUUUUCUUGUAGAGUAAUAAGCCUUUAAUUUUGGGCAUGCCACCAAAACAAGUAAUCUUUAUUAACACCUUCAGAGCUUGAAGGGUUAAAGGCAGAAAUGUUAAGCUUAUAAUUUUAUAAAACACUUACGUUAAUUCUUAUGUUAAAACUUGUAUAUUAUUUAAGCUGUAAAUUUGUUUGCAGCGAAGUAGUAAAAUUGAAUAUAACUUUAUACAGAAAAGGUUAGUAUGCUAUUUUACUACACUAAAAUCAAUGAGUUUGUUGAUUUGGUUACUUUUGAAACAGUGAGUAUUUUAACAUUUAUGGAUUGGGCCCCAUCUCUUCCAUUAUAAGUGCCUCACUAACCCAGAUUUUUUUUUUUUUUUUUAAGAAAAAGAUGGAAAAGUCAACAUUCAUUUUUGUGUUAAUCGACAUUAUGCCACAAAUGCUGUCGAUUGAGCUUAACUUGUAUUGAACCAGGAAUAUUCUUUUAAUUUAAGUAGCACUUCGCAUGCACAGACAUGCAAGCAUUCCACUAGAGGGAGUUAUACCUUCUUUAUAAGUCAGGUAUAAAGAAGAAUGUUUACUAAUUUUACUGUUGUUUUUUGUUUGUUUUAGUAAAGAGGAUGUAUAAAGUAGCUUGAAACAAAAGGGAAACGCUCAAAUGCAACAAGCUAAAGUAUCAAGCGGGUAUUUCAAAUUUUUUGAUGUGCAAAGCUAUCAGGUUAUUAGAAAAUAUGCUUAAAUUCUGACUAUUUUAAUUUUGUAAUGCACAAAUAUAUUUUUUUAAAGGGGCAGGACUGAAUUGACUGUUUGAAUUUUGCUAAACUGUACUGCAUGGAUUUUUUUAUUUGUUUGGUUUCAGUGUUUUAUUCCUUUAUGGCAUUAUUACCUGAUUGUUUUUGUGUUAUGGUUUCAUGUGAGAUCAACUGACACAACGUAACAUUCCUACUUUUCAGAUCUGUUUGCGCUGUGCAUUUGGUCUUGAUCGGUAAUGCUAUUUUAAAUAACUAUUCCAAGUGAGCUGAGCUCAUCUGUACCUUAGCAUUCCAACUGACUAGCUAUUAAAUAUUCUACAAAGCAUUGCAUUUCCUUUUUUUAAAUAAUCAAAUGUGAAAGCUUUUAUCUAAGUCUUAAAACUUGAACUGAUUCCAUGAGCAGAUAAGUAAGGCCUAUGUUUAUGAGGGACGUUUAAAAAGACUCCAUUAGAGACCGCUAUCUGGCAACGUUAUGGCGACCUUUGCACUCUCUCGGCAAGUAUCACGUUGUUUCACCCUGAUGCAAUUUUCACCCUGGUGUUUCACCCGUGUUCACCCUUGUUUUGCCUGCCAAGCAGGUGAUAGGUUUGGAGGCGGAGCUUUGUACAAUUCCAUUGUACAUGCUUGUCAUUUAACAUCAUCUAGUCUUGCCAGACUUCAUGGAUUUUUUUUAAUUUUUUUUUUUUUCUUUGGGAUUAUAAAACAUUUUUCAAUGUUAUCAUGCUUAAAUUUAUUGGAUCCAAUUUGUUGAAUUCAUUUCAUAUAACUUGAUUGCAAUGUUCAUUUUGCCAUUUUUUGUACUUCUGAAUGUCAUUUUUGUUUUGUAAAUACUCAUCAAUCAUGCUUCUGGUGAUGGGAUACUUUUUAAGUAAAAAAAGAAAGGUAAAUAAAUAAAUGAGGAUAAUUAAAUGGUUAAUUAUUGUCAUUGUGGUGAAGAGGUUUGAUGUUAUCCAGUUACGCUUUUGUUAGAUUUUAUUAUAUAAUUUAGAUAUUUGGCAGAUUUACAAUCUUGUAUUUAUUGUUUUAUAGGCUGGAGCAUAUAAAAAUACAGCUCCUGGAGAUCCUUUUCUGAUGUUGAUGAUAAAUUCCCCCUUCUCUCAUUUUUUCCCAUUGCCUUUAUUGUCCAGUACAGUUGUCACAAUAUUGAAAUAUAAAUUUUGGUUUAAAGUUAUUUCUUCCAAUAGAUGGAAUAGGACCAUUGGUGCUGAUAUAUUAACUUUCGAAAUGUAAUAUCCAACAUGCUAAAUGUUUUCAAAUGAAGAUAACAUGACCAAAAUGCCUAGCCUAACAUAUCAUUCCAAAACAUUUGCUUAUGAAGUUAAUUUUUCUUAAAGAAAACCAUUUUUCUUUGAGAUGUCAGAUUGCUAUUGGUCCAGGAACUUGAGCCUUUUUGAACCCUGUGACCCCAUCUCAUCUUGUGAGUGAGUGUGUUUAGGCUCAUUGCACAAUCAGACAAACAUGGAGGGAUGUAUCUUUCUUUCAUCAGCAAACUCACAGAGUGAAAUGUGAACUUAGAACAACACUGUAGAGUUGAGAAGAUGAUGAACGUUGUACCUCUGUUUUCCAACAUGCAUUAUCUAAAUGAAUGAAUGUGUGAGCCAUUAUGUGCAUAUACAUUGGUUUGUUGUAUUGAUCAUUCCUAUUGGUUGCUUAUGUGCAUAUCAGAAUAUUACCACAUGUCAACAGUUAUUACGUCUGUACCACUUUGUGAAAAAAGAUGCAGGACUCUAUCAGUAACCAUCCAACAAUUGU